AAAAAGAAAAAGAAAAAGAAAAAGAAACUGCCAUUUCAUUUUACCCCCAUCGUCGUCUUCCCAAAUACAGUCACGUUCCGAUUUCUGUAAAUCCAUUCCGAUCUUAGGGUUUAAGCUCAACUUCCCACACUCUUCUCCUCUUUCGUUCGAUCAAUAUGAAGCUUUCGGAGCAAAUUUGAAGCCAAUUUAACUCCACUUUUGAACAGAUUUAGUUUCCGAGGAGAUGUCUCGGGCGGAGGAGCUAUGGGAGAGAUUAGUUAGGGCAGCUUUGAGAAGUGCAAGGGGUGGUGCAGAUGCUCAUGGUAGACACACCACUGGGAUUGCUGGCAAUGUGCCGUCUUCGCUUGGGAAUAGUAGACUUAUUGAUGAUAUACUCAGAGCUGCUGAUGAAAUUCAAGCCGAAGAUCCGAAUGUUGCUCGAAUACUUUGUGAGCAUGCAUACUCCAUGGCUCAGAACCUUGAUCCUAAUAGUGAAGGAAGAGGUGUUAUGCAGUUCAAGACUGGAUUGAUGUCUGUGAUCAAGCAAAAACUAGCCAAGAGAGAAGCUGGAAGUAUAGACAGAAGCCUAGAUAUUGCUCGUUUGCAGGAAUUCUACCGUAAAUAUAGACAGAUGAAUAAUGUGGAUCAGCUAUUGGAAGAUGAAAUGAAGCUCCGAGAGUCUGGAGCUUUUACUGGGAAUCUUGGAGAGUUGGAAAGGAAAACUAAGAAAAGAAAAAAGAUUUUUGCAACUCUCAAAGUGUUGGGAGAAGUACUUGAACAAAUGACUAGGGAGGUUUCUCCUGGAGAAGCUGAAACAUUGAUUCCAGAGGAGCUUAAGCGGGUUAUGGAGUCGGAUGCAGCUAUGACCGAAGAUAUGAUUGCUUACAAUAUUAUUCCGCUGGAAAGUACAAGCACAACUAACAGGAUUGUUUAUUUCCCUGAGGUGAGAGCAGCUGUGUCUGCUUUGAAGGACGUUCGAGGUCUACCAGAAGUGCCAGCUGAUUUUGUAUCUCCCGUCAGAGGCCCUGAUAUGCUUGACUUUCUGCAUUUUGUUUUUGGGUUUCAGAAGGACAACGUUUCCAAUCAGCGGGAGCAUAUAAUUCUUCUUCUUGUUAAUGAGCAAUCACGCCUCCGAAUCCCAGAAGAAAUCGAGCCGAAAUUAGACGAGGCUGCUGUACAGAUUGUGUUCUUGAAGUCCCUCGAGAACUAUAUCAAAUGGUGUAACUACUUAGUUCUUCAGCCAGUAUGGAGCAAUUUGGAGUCCCUUAGCAAGGAAAAGAAGUUGUUAUUUGUAUCAUUGUAUUACCUUAUUUGGGGUGAAGCCGCCAACGUUCGAUUUCUUCCAGAGUGCUUAUGCUACAUAUUUCAUCAUAUGGCCAGAGAAAUGGAUGAGAUACUGAGACAGCAAGUUAUGAAGCAAGCUGAUAGCUGCAAGACGAAUGACGGUGUCUCAUUCCUGGAGAGGGUGAUAUCUCCUUUAUAUGAGGUGGUUGCAGCGGAGGCAUCUAACAAUGACAAUGGACGAGCAGCUCAUUCUAAGUGGAGGAAUUAUGACGAUUUCAAUGAAUAUUUUUGGUCACUUCAUUGCUUUGAGCUUAGCUGGCCUUGGCGAACAACUUCGGCAUUCUUUAUGAAGCCUGAAACCAAGUCUAAAAAUUUGCUGAAGUCUGGUAGAGGAAAGCGUCAGGGAAAAACAUCCUUUGUCGAGCAUCGUACAUUCUGGCAUCUGUACCAUAGCUUCCAUCGCCUCUGGAUAUUCCUUUUUAUGACAUUUCAGGCCAUGACCAUUGUUGGUUUUAACGAUGGGCGUAUUGAUGCAACAACCCUAAAACAAGUUCUUAGUCUUGGACCAACAUUUGUUGUAAUGAAGUUAAUCGAGAGUGUUUUGGACAUUCUCAUGAUGUUUGGAGCAUAUUCAACAACGCGUCACUCUGCUGUUUCUAGAGUAUUUCUCCGAUUUGUGUGGUUUGCUUGUGCUUCAGCAGUAAUAACAUUCCUUUAUGUGAAGUCUCUUCAAGGGGAGGCAACUAUUUACAGAAUUUAUGUCAUUGUAAUUGGCAUAUAUGCUGGUGUCCAGUUCUUCAUUAGUUUCUUCAUGAGGAUACCAGCUUGUCACCGACUUACUGAUCAAUGUGAUCGUUGGUCUGUAGUUCGCUUUCUCAAAUGGAUGCGUCAGGAACGGCACUAUGUUGGCCGUGGAAUGUAUGAGAGGACAUCUGACUUUAUCAAGUAUAUGUUUUUCUGGAUUAUUGUCUUGGCUGGAAAAUUUUCAUUUGGAUAUUUUCUCCAGAUACGCCCACUGGUUGAGCCUACAAGGAUCAUAGUCAUGACAGACAAUUUAACAUAUUCUUGGCAUGAUUUUGUAUCACAACAUAACCACAAUGCUCUGACGGUCCUCAGCUUAUGGGCACCUGUAUUUUGUAUAUAUCUUUUGGACAUCUAUGUGUUUUAUACCAUAAUAUCUGCUGUUUGGGGAUUUUUGUUGGGGGCAAGAGAUCGGCUUGGGGAAAUUCGAUCAUUGGAUGCCCUUCACCAGCUGUUUGAGCAGUUUCCUCCAGCAUUUAUAGAGAAACUCUAUGUUUUACCCUAUAAAAGGGUACCAGAGCAUGGAGCUGGUCAGGUUGUCGAAACAAGCAAGGAAGAUGCUGCUAAAUUUUCACCCUUUUGGAAUGAAAUUACAAGGAAUCUACGAGAAGAAGAUUACAUCACCAACUUGGAAAUGGAGUUGCUUCUCAUGCCUAAAAAUAGUGGAAAUUUGCCCUUGGUUCAGUGGCCACUCUUUCUUCUUGCUAGCAAGAUAUUUCUAGCACGAGAUAUUGCAGCAGAAAGUAGGGACUCUCAAGACGAUCUCUGGGAAAGAAUAUUGAGAGACGAGUAUAUGAAGUAUGCUGUUGUGGAGUGCUAUCACUCCAUAAAGCUUAUUCUGAUGGAAAUCUUGGAAGAGCAUGGAAGGAAAUGGGUAGAGAAGGUGUACGAAGAUAUUGAAGCAUCUAUAGCUAAGAAGUCCAUUCAUAUUGACUUUGAGCUGAGUAAGAUGUCUCUGGUUAUCCAGAAAGUCACGGCCCUUAUGGGAGUACUGAAAGGUUCUGGGACAGCAGAUCUUGAGAAAGGUGCUGUGAAAGCCAUUCAAGAUUUGUAUGAUGUCAUACAUUAUGACGUCCUUGUAGUGAAUAUGAGGGACCAUAUGCAGACAUGGAAUAUGCUGUCAAAAGCACGGGCAGAAGGUACUUUAUUUUCGAAGUUGAAGUGGCCUAAAGACCCAGAAUUGAAGGCUCAAAUCAAAAGAUUGUAUUCACUUUUGACAAUCAAAGAUUCUGCAGCAAACAUACCAAAGAAUCUCGAGGCUCGCAGAAGGCUCCAGUUCUUUACAAAUUCCUUGUUCAUGGACAUACCUCCAGCAAAGCCAGUACGUGAGAUGAUGUCCUUCAGUGUAUUCACACCUUAUUAUACAGAGACAGUGCUCUAUAGUAUGAAUGAACUGCGUAAGAAAAAUGAGGAUGGAAUAUCACUUUUGUUUUACCUUCAGAAAAUAUAUCCAGAUGAAUGGAAGAAUUUUCUUGCUCGAAUUGGACGUGAUGAAUAUUCGCAGGAAACAGACCUUUUUGAUAGUCCUAAUGAUGUUGAAGAACUCCGUUUUUGGGCAUCCUACCGUGGGCAAACAUUAGCAAGAACUGUUCGUGGAAUGAUGUACUACCGUAAAGCUCUCAUGCUCCAGACCUACUUGGAGAGGAUUGCUUCUGGAGAUCUGGAGGUUCCAAUAUCAGGCAAUGAUGCACUUAACAUCCAGGGUUUUGAGCUAUCACCUGAAGCACGUGCUCAGGCAGAUUUGAAGUUCACAUAUGUAGUUACAUGCCAAAUAUACGGAAAACAGAAAGAAGAGGGGAAGCCUGAGGCUGCAGAUAUUGCUUUGCUCAUGCAAAGAAAUGAAGCUCUUCGAGUUGCUUUUAUUGAUGUUGUUGAAACUUUGAAGGAUGGGAUAGUGCAGACUGAAUACUACUCCAAACUUGUCAAGGCUGAUAUCAAUGGACAGGAUAAGGAAAUCUACUCUCUGAAGUUGCCAGGAAAUCCAAAACUUGGUGAGGGAAAGCCCGAGAAUCAAAAUCACGCUGUUAUCUUCACUCGUGGACAAGCAGUACAGACCAUUGACAUGAAUCAGGAUAAUUAUUUUGAAGAGGCUUUGAAGAUGAGAAAUCUUCUUGAAGAAUUCAAUCAUGAUCAUGGAAUUCGUCCGCCAACAAUUCUUGGUGUCAGAGAACAUGUAUUUACUGGAAGUGUUUCUUCUCUAGCUUCAUUCAUGUCUAAUCAAGAAGCUAGCUUUGUAACUCUUGGACAGCGAGUUCUCGCUAAUCCACUGAAGGUCCGCAUGCAUUAUGGACAUCCUGAUGUUUUUGAUAGAGUUUUCCAUAUAACACGUGGUGGUAUAAGCAAGGCAUCUCGUGUUAUAAACAUCAGUGAAGAUAUAUUUUCUGGGUUCAACUCAACUUUAAGGCAGGGGAACAUUACCCAUCACGAGUAUAUUCAGGUUGGCAAAGGAAGGGAUGUGGGGCUCAACCAGAUUGCUCUAUUCGAAGGAAAAGUUGCUGGGGGAAAUGGUGAACAAGUUCUUAGUAGAGAUGUUUACCGGCUUGGGCAGCUUUUUGAUUUUUUCAGAAUGCUGUCAUUUUAUUACACCACUGUCGGAUAUUACUUUUGUACGAUGUUAACAGUGCUGACUGUGUAUAUAUUUCUUUACGGGAAAACAUAUCUGGCAUUGUCGGGAAUUGGUGAGACAAUCCAAGAUCGAGCUCAUUUAUCGCAGAAUACUGCACUUGGGGCAGCCCUAAAUACCCAGUUUCUGAUUCAGAUUGGAAUCUUUACGGCUAUCCCGAUGAUUCUUGGAUUCAUUCUGGAACAAGGGUUUUUCAGGGCCAUUGUGAAUUUUAUCACGAUGCAGUUUCAACUAUGUUCUGUCUUUUUCACAUUUUCUUUGGGAACAAGAACUCAUUAUUUUGGUCGGACAAUUCUCCAUGGUGGUGCACGGUAUCAAGCAACUGGGAGGGGAUUUGUUGUCCGCCAUAUAAAAUUCAGCGAAAAUUACAGGCUUUACUCUCGGAGUCAUUUUGUCAAAGGGCUGGAGGUUGUCCUAUUGUUGAUAAUAUUUCUUGCAUAUGGUUAUAAUGAUGGUGGUGCGAUAGGCUACAUUCUUCUCUCGAUCAGCAGCUGGUUUAUGGCUCUUUCAUGGCUUUUUGCUCCCUAUUUGUUCAAUCCAUCCGGUUUCGAGUGGCAGAAGAUCGUGGAGGACUUUAGGGAUUGGACAAAUUGGCUUCUUUAUAGAGGUGGAAUUGGAGUAAAAGGAGAGGAAAGUUGGGAAGCUUGGUGGGAAGAUGAAUUGGGGCAUAUUCGGACUCUGGGUGGGAGGAUAACAGAGACAAUUUUAAGUCUGAGGUUCGUCAUCUUCCAGUAUGGCAUUGUAUAUAAGUUACAGAUACAAGGAGCAAACACAUCGUUGGCGAUUUAUGGCUUUUCAUGGGCAGUUCUGGCUGGCCUUAUAAUUCUUUUCAAGGUUUUCACUUUCAGCCAGAAGGCGUCAGUGAACUUUCAGCUGCUACUGCGUUUUGUCCAAGGACUUACAUUCAUGAUUGCGUUAGCUGGCGUAGCUGUGGCUGUUGUGCUUACAGAUUUGUCUGUUUCUGACAUAUUUGCCUGUAUCUUAGCCUUCAUUCCUACUGGUUGGAUGAUUCUUUCGAUUGCGGUAGCUUGGAAACCGUAUGUCAAGAAACUGGGACUAUGGAAGUCCAUCCGAUCACUUGCACGUCUUUAUGAUGCCGGGAUGGGUAUGCUUAUAUUCAUUCCUAUUGCAUUCUUCUCGUGGUUUCCGUUUGUGUCCACUUUCCAAACAAGGCUCAUGUUUAAUCAAGCUUUUAGUCGAGGGUUGGAAAUAUCCCUUAUUCUUGCUGGAAAUAACCCCAACACCGCAUUAUGAUGUUUCAGUCGUUGUACUUGUGCUUGUAUAUUGAGGCAUUUUUUACUGUCUUUAUCGUUUUUUUUACUGUUUAGGGCAUAGCGCCAUAGAUGUCGUGUUGGCAUUUGAACUUGCUUGUAAGCAAUCUGGUUGUAAGUUUGUUAGGAGUGUUGGUCUGUAAUCUUAUUAUUUUUUGGAUCAAAAACAGUUUAGUUAAUGGAACUUUGAAAAUUUUGAGAGUUCUGCAUGGAUUAACAUGCUUGUAAGGUGGUUGUAAGUUUGUUGGGAGUGUAAUCUUACAUUUUUUGAACCAAAAACAGUUUAGAUAAUGGAAUUUUGAAAUUUUUUGAGA